UGCGCGCUCGCAUAUGAACGCUCCGCGAGGACUGACCCACUGACAUUCUCCGUCAGGCGGUCGGCCGCGCAACACAUGCGUGCGCAGGUAUAGGGCCACAAAGUAUACGCGAUUUAUCGCGCUUUUCCAAAAUCAAAACAAAUCGUGAUUAUCGUCGUAAUUUGAAGUUUAGCUGUGGUGAUUGUAAAUCAUGAGUCGUCGUUCAGUGAUAUCGGUGGUAUUCGAGAUUGAGACAGUGAUCAUCAGGUGAGCAAAUAAAAAUAUGAGGAAGUGCCGAACUAUACUCGCGUUAGUGAUACUCAGUUUAAUCACGGGCCUCGUCGUUCUCACCUCGAAGAGUCUCUACGAUGGUGACGACGAUGACGUCCUCGACGGCGAGCAGAUCGAGGAGCUGCCCGGUUACGAGACCUUGUAUCAGAACGAUGACUUUUACGAGAUGGAUGACGUACCUCGAGUCACCGCGGCUCGAACGGUUACCAAAAGUACCACGCUCAAACUCCAUGAAGUCACGCCAUCGCUCGCCGAGCUCGGAGUCAAGCCUUCUCCUCGUCAAGACCACGUGCUGAUGAUCACUAGAAUACCCGGGACGGGCGUCGAGCUGUUGGUCCUUCUGCUGCAAAAACUGCAAGGAUUCAACGCUUUCAAGCACAUCAGACUGCCGCCAGGAGACGAGGGUACUCUCAGUAACAUCCGACAGGAAUUGUUGGUCGAAGAAGUCACAAACAUAAUUAGGCAAGAAGCCAUUCCUUUGUCUUUCGAUGGUGAUGUGCGCUUCGUCAAUUUUGCUACCUAUGGUCGACCGUCGCCUACUUAUAUUUCUCUCAUUAGGGAUCCAUUAGAUCCUAAAACUAUUAGCAGAUUUCAAAACGGAAAAUCAUCUAUCAUUUAUAGAGGUUCCAUUGUUCAUUUUUGCGGUCAUGAUCCUCGUUGUUCUGAAAGAAAUAAUGAAUGGGCAUUGGAACAAGCCAAAAAAAAUGUACUCCAAUGGUAUCCCGUUGUCGGAGUUCUCGAUAACAUGAAUGAAACCAUUAGAUGUCUGGAGCAAACAUUUCCAUUGUUUUACGAGGGUGCUGCUCUCGUAUAUGAAAAAAUUCGUCCAAAGGUGGCCAAGACACUAUUCGAUUAUCCACCUGUGAAACCAAAUAUAAAAAAACGCUUGAAAGAAUUACUAAAAACUGAAGUUGAAUUCUAUGAGUGGGUGAAACAACGAUUACUUGCUAGUUGUGUGAAAGAAACGUAAAAUUAAUUUGACUUUUUUUAAUACCUACGCCAGUGUAAAUUUAUCUAGUGCUCAUAAGUUUUAAGGUACCUACUGUAUCGACGGCUGAACAACAAGUGUUUUUAACGAUGCGCAGUUGAUACAAUAUGACUGUAGUUCCAAGAUCAUUCACAAACCAUGUUUUAUAUUUAAACUUGUAAAUAGAUAUUUUUGUAAUGUAUGUUUUGUGAGAUUA